AUGUCUGGCGGAGGCUUCACAAGCCCUUUUGCGGCCAACUCAAACCCGUUCGGUCCUCCGUCGGCGGAUUCAAGGAGGGCUCCAGAUAACGCAGGGUCUAUGCAGCAAGUUAUUGAGGAGGACGAGAACGAUAUCGUUUCGUCGCCAACGUCACCCUUUGCCCUCAAGUCCGGCGCCGUCGGCGGUCCGUCCCGCGCCCUUUUUCCAGCAGACUCCUCGUCGGACUUCUCGCAGAACUUCGGCCGCUCGCCCCCGCCCGGCGAGUACCCCGCACAAUACAACUUCGGACGGCGUACAUCUGUGUCCGCAGAGUCUCUAAAACCGGUAACCGACUCAUACGACAACUGGUCGCCGCCGGUGCACCAGAAGUCAGCCGAGCAGCUCGAGCGCCUGAAGGCUGCCAUCCAGGGGAACUUCCUCUUCAGCCACCUGGAUGAAGAGCAGUCUGCGCAGAUUCUAGGUGCUCUGAUGGAAAAGCCAAUUCCGACAAAAGGCAUCAAGGUCAUCACUCAAGGGGAUUCGGGCGACUUCUUUUACGUGGUCGAGAAAGGCAGCUUCGACGCUUAUGUCAACAGCUCCGGCACCCUUCAAUCCGGGCCUGAGGGUCUCGGUACAAAGGUGGAUACGAUCGCGGCCGGAGGUUCGUUUGGCGAGCUGGCCCUCAUGUACAACGCACCUCGUGCAGCCACAGUCAUCUCUGCAGAACCUGCAUGCACGCUAUGGGCACUUGACCGCUUAACAUUCCGGCGCAUCCUGAUGGAGUCGACGUUUGCACGCCGUCGCAUGUACGAAAGCUUCCUCGAGGAAGUGCCGCUUCUGGCUACCUUGACGCCCUAUGAACGCUCCAAGAUUGCCGACGCCCUCGAAACACAAAAGUUUGCAGCUGGCGCUACUAUCAUCCGCGAGGGUGAUCUGGGGCACUCUUUCUACCUGGUGGAGAGCGGCGAGGCCACGGUCUAUAAGUCUGGUACCGAGAGCCCGGUGAAGCACUACCAAAAGGGCGACUUCUUUGGCGAGCUUGCGCUGCUCAAUGACGCUCCCCGUGCGGCGACGAUUGUUGCCAAGACCGACAUCAAGGUCGCGACGCUGGGUAAAUCUGCCUUCCAGCGGCUAUUGGGUCCUGUUGAAGGUAUUAUGCGCCGGACAAGAUACGAGGGCGUCAAGACUGGUGUUGAGGACCUGGAUCCUCUGCAGACUUCCUAA